AUGGGCAUCUUCCAGAGAUUGUCGAAAAAUAAGGAGCUCAUUCCUUUGGCGUUUAUCAUAACCAUGGCGGCCACUGGAGCUUCAUCUUUCGCUAUGUAUGCUUUGAAAAAAACUGACGUGGUUAUUGAUCGGAAAAGAAACCCAGAACCUUGGGAAAUGGUGGAUCCUACUCAACCCCAAAAGCUUAUAACCAUCAACCAGCAGUAG